AUGUUGAUGUAGAUAACUUGCGGAUGUAGUGCUUCAGGUGUUGGAGGUCACGUGACUCGUCAUCUGUUGUCGUCAGCUUUCCCUUGACUAAGUUCACCCAAGUUCACCCCACAAAUUUUGAUAUAUCCUGAGGUUUUGGCGUAUGGUGGUGUGGGUGUAAGAUGCCAGAGUGUUGUGUGGUGGUGUUGCGGUGGUAGCUGGCGUAGUGACACCACCGGUGGCGGUGUAACACCCACUUUAUAACAGUGUUGUCACGGCACCACAACAUUGUUUACACUUAUCCCAGCCAACACUUUACCCAACAAACCUUUUCAAAAAUCAUCUUCCUCCUCCUCCACGGUAUUACCAGUGAUCAUCCCCGACCCCGCAGGGGAUACCUCCUGCCAGGGAUAACACCAUGGCUUGGCUGCCUUGAAAAAAAAAAAAAACUAGAGACUUCUGAUGUCCCGGUGUGGUAGAUAACUUACUGAUAACUCUCACUGGCUCUUAACCUGGCUCUCACUGGCUCUUUCACUGGCUCUUUCACUGGCUCUUUCACUGGCUCUCCCUGGCUCUCAGUCCCUGGAUCACACACCUUGCAACAAUGAUCAUCGAGAGUCCUGACCUGCUGAAGCAGUGGCUUACUGGCUACCUAGCACCACUAUGUGAUGCUGAUCCUGAGGCACUGGCCAAAUAUUGUCUUGCCCUAGUGCGUAAAGACCGGCCUGUGUCUGAACUCAAGGCUAGUAUGAUUGAGCAACUGGAUGUAUUCCUCCAGUCAAAUACAAAAUCCUUUGUAGACAAGUUUCUUCAAGUAACAACAGCACGAUCGUACUUACCAAAGCGGUCUGUUCCACCAGCAUCAUCGUCGUCAUCAUCAUCUAGUGCUUUCAAUCCUGACACAUCACCAGCUACUUUCAGCACCAGCACAACUGAUGGUGGGCCUCCACCAUUACCUCCACUACCUGCCACUAAGCAGUCUUCUGGUCACUCCCCUGAUUCUACAACUCCACCUAAUGCAGUACCUCCUCCCUCUGCGUCAUUAUCUACCAAUGUACAGCCUGCCCCUCCUCCCCCACCACCCAGUUCUGCAGCUGUUGUUCCUCCACCACCACCACCUGAGUCUGCCCCACCCCCACCUCCAGUCUCAGUUAUCACACGUAAAGAAGAAGUAUCGUCAUCACAAAGAUCAAGAAAGUCGGAGUCUGAAAGAGAUAGAGAUGAUAGAAGAGGCAGACGAAGAUCACCAUCUCGGGGAAGGUCACGCUCUAGAUCACGAUCUGGUUCAAGGAGCAGAGAUAGAUCUCGAAGGUCACGUUCUAGAUGCAGAAGCGGUCGUAGUAAAUAUGAUGAUAGGAGAAGAAGAUCUCCUAUCUCAAAACGAUAUCGACGCUCUCGCACAAGAUCACGUAGCCGUAGUCCGAGACGAUCUCGAAGUCCUCGUCGAUCCAGAUCGUGUGAGAGAAAAUCUAGAUCAAGAAACAGAUCACGUUCCAUGAGCCCAAGAAACAACAGAUCUUCUGUUCGUGGAAGGUCACCUCCCCCCAUACCCAGAUCACCUAGUCCAUCCAGAAACUCAAAAUCUAUUCCAAGGGAUGAAAAAAGAGAGAGUCCUCAUGGAGCUUCACCUGUGUCAGAUGUAAAAUUAGAACCUAGGAGUGACCCAAGUUCCAUCAUCCAGAGUGUGGUAGCUGUCAAGCAUACAGAAUUUUCCUUACCACCAGCUGGCAAGAGCAGAGGACUACACCCACCUCCAAGACAUCCACAGUUUGUAUCUACCGGUGAAUACACUCCCCGUGACCCCAGUCUGUGGGUUGGACAAGCCAAUGCUAGCACAGUCACUUAUUAUGGUGGUAAUGGACAGGGCAGAGGAGUUAGUGUGGGACCAAGAUUCUCUGCUCCUCCUCCACUCCUGCCCACCACUACAUCACGGGAACUAAUAAGUGUACCUGUUAAUAAUGGAAGCCACAUGGGGUGUAGCAGUGGUGUUCGUCCAUCUUUAGCAAAACGUCUUGGGCCAGCUGUUCCCCUUUCUCAUAACAUGUCUGUGGUCUCUAAGCCUGGACGUCCAGACCUAGACAGCUGCACAUUGGAACUCAGGAAGAUUCCUCCAGGUCUCAACACUAUUGCACACCUGAAUGAUCAUUUUGCAAAGUUUGGGACAGUAGUUAAUAUACAGGUUCACCAUGAAGGGAACCCAGAAAAUGCUUUAGUAACUUUCAAUAGCCACUCUGAGGCCAACGCUGCUUAUCGUAGUACUGAGGCUGUGCUCAACAACAGAUUCAUAAAACUAUUUUGGCACAAUCCACAGAGUAAAAUUGAUCGAGGAGGUACAUACGUGGCCCACACAGUUAGGCCAGUACACGAUAGAUUAGGUGUACGGCACCCCAACAAAACGCUUAAUAAGACGAUCGUUGAACCGGUUAAUGAGGAUAAAAACGAAAAGGUGAUGAUUUCACGUGGCAGCCUAGUCAAGACUGUUUAUAAUACCCAUGCUCUGCAUUCUGCUGCUGCUGCCAGUGCAGUCAGUGCCUCGACAUAUACUCCCACGUCACCGGGAAGUGUCACACCUACCUCUCCUGUAUCAGGCUCCCAUUCCUUACCAACUUCAACUGGAGCUGUCACGCCCACCUCGCCUCUGUCUGCUCCUCCCUCCCUCUCAGCAAUUGCACCCGAUUCCACACAUGCUGCCGCUGUUGACACGAAGAGACAAGAAAUUGAUGCCAUUCUAAAACAGCGAGAGCUCUUAGCUGCUGAGGUAUUGCAUUUCUUUAUUUAG